AUGACACAUUUCAAUGGAGGGCAGAAACAACACAUAAGCAGUUAUGAUUAUAUUCAGGGGUUCAUAUCAAAGCUUCAACUUUGGAAUCAAAAAGUGUCUUCUGAAAAUGUUAUAUCUUUUUCUCGGCUGUUCGAAGCAAUUAAAAAUAACAUACUGGACGCAAAUUUAAAAUCUGACCUAAAAACUCAUAUGCAAGCGCUGGAAGACGAAUUUCGCCGAUACUAUCGAGACAUCAAUUCAGAGUCACCAAUAUGGCACAUGACAAGAAAUCCAAUUGUUGUCGAUGUGUCACAAUUACCAGAAGAAGUUCAGGAAGAAUUUCUAGAAAUGAAGGCUGAUUCGACCAUGAAAGAUGACUUCCAUCUUUUAAUAUUGGAGAAAUUUUGA